GGGGCGCAGCUGGGUCCCACCUGGGCAGGCCGCCGCACUCGCCUUCCUGGCCGCGGCGCCUCGACCCCAUGGACGCCCUGUGCGGCUCCAAGUUCUGGGACUCCAAUCUGUCUGUGCACACCAACAACCCGGACCUCACUCUCUGCUUCCAGAACUCUCUGCUGGCCUGGGCGCCCUGCAUCUACCUGUGGGCCGCCCUGCCCUGCUACCUGCUCUACCUUCAGCACCAUGACCGAGGCUACAUCGUCCUCUCCCAACUCUCCAGGCUCAAGACGGCCUUGGGCGUCCUGCUGUGGUGCGUCUCCUGGGCUGACCUCUUCUACUCCUUCCACGGCCUGGUCCACGGCUGGGCCCCUGCCCCCAUCUUCUUUGUCACCCCCUUGGUGGUGGGGAUCACCAUGCUGCUGGCCACCCUGCUAAUCCAGUAUGACCGGCUACGGGGGGUACAGUCCUCGUGGGUCCUCAUCAUCUUCUGGUUUCUAUGUGUGGUCUGUGCCAUUGUCCCCUUCCGCUCCAAGAUCCUUUCGGCCAUGGCAAAGGGCAAGAUCUCAGACCCCUUCCGCUUCACCACCUUCUACAUCUACUUCGCCCUGGUGCUCUUUGCUCUCAUCCUGUCCUGCUUCAGGGAGAAGCCACCAUUUUUCUCCCCAAAGAAUGUCAACCCUAAUCCCUGUCCAGAACUCAGCGCUGGCUUCCUCUCCCGCCUGUCUUUCUGGUGGUUCACAAAGAUGGCCAUCCUUGGCUACCGGAGACCCCUGGAGGAGCAGGACCUCUGGUCCCUGAAGGAGGAGGACUGUUCGCAGAAGGUGGUGCGCAGGCUGCUGGAGGCCUGGAAGAAGCUUCAGAAGCAGGACGCGGGCGUCCCUGGAGCCACCCUGCAGAGACGCAAGGCUGCGGCGGCAUCCGGGAAGAGAGUGUCCGGUGAGGAUGAGGUGCUGCUGGGGGGCCAGCCCAGGCCCCAGCCGCCCUCCUUCCUGUGGGCCCUGCUGGCCACCUUCUGUUCCAGCAUCCUCAUCAGCAUGUGCCUCAAGGUGAUCCAGGACCUGCUCUCCUUCGUCAAUCCACAGCUGCUCAGCAUCCUGAUCAGGUUUAUCUCCAACCCCAUGGCCCCCACCUGGUGGGGCUUCCUGGUGGCCGGGCUGAUGUUCGUGUGCUCCAUGAUGCAGACUGUGAUCUUACAGCAGUAUUUCCACCUCAUCUUUGUGAUGGGGGUGAAACUUCGGAUGGCGAUCAUAGGUGUCAUCUAUAGGAAGGCUCUGGUUAUCACCAAUUCAGCCAAGCGGGAGUCGUCUGUGGGAGAAAUUAUCAACCUCAUGUCUGUGGACGCCCAGCGCUUCAUGGACCUUGCUCCCUUCCUCCACCUGCUGUGGUCCGCACCCCUGCAGAUCAUCCUGGCCAUCUACUUCCUCUGGCAGAACCUGGGUCCCUCCAUCUUGGCUGGGGUGGCUCUCAUGGUCUUGCUGAUCCCACUCAAUGGAGCUGUGGCCAUGAAGAUGCGUGCUUUCCAGGUAGAGCAAAUGAAGUUCAAGGACUCACGCAUCAAGCUGAUGAGCGAGAUCCUGGCUGGCAUCAAGGUGCUAAAGCUGUAUGCCUGGGAGCCCAGUUUCUCGGAGAAGGUGGAGGGCAUCCGGGAGGACGAGCUCCAGCUGCUGCGCAAGUCUGCCUACCUCCAAGCCAUCUCCACCUUCACCUGGGUCUGCACCCCCUUCCUGGUGACCCUGACCACCCUUGGGGUGUAUGUGUCUGUGGACCAGAACAACGUGCUAGAUGCUGAGAAGGCCUUUGUGUCCGUGUCCCUGUUCAAUAUUUUAAAGAUUCCCCUCAACAUGCUGCCCCAGUUAAUCAGCAACCUGAUCCAGACCAGUGUGUCUCUGAAACGGAUCCAGCAUUUCCUGAACCAAGAUGAACUUGACCCCCAGUGUGUGGAAAGAAAGACCAUCACCCCAGGCUACGCUGUCACCAUACACAAUGGCACCUUCACCUGGGCCCAGAACCUGCCCCCGACCCUGCACAGCCUAGACAUCCAGGUGCCAAAAGGGGCACUGGUGGCCGUGGUGGGGCCCGUGGGCUGUGGGAAGUCCUCGCUGGUGUCUGCCCUGCUGGGAGAGAUGGAGAAACUGGAAGGCACGGUGUGUGUGAAGGGCUCCGUGGCCUAUGUGCCCCAGCAGGCAUGGAUCCAGAACUGCACACUUCAGGAAAACGUACUGUUUGGCCGAGCCCUGGACCCCACGCGGUACCAACGGGCUCUGGAAGCCUGUGCCAUGCUAGCCGACCUGGAGAUGCUCCCUGGCGGGGACCAGACAGAGAUUGGAGAGAAGGGCAUUAACCUGUCUGGGGGCCAACGGCAGCGGGUCAGUCUGGCCCGCGCUGUUUACAGUGAAGCUGACCUCUUUUUGCUGGAUGACCCACUGUCAGCCGUGGACUCUCAUGUGGCCAAGCAUAUCUUUGAUCGAGUCAUCGGGCCAGAAGGUGUGCUGGCAGGCAAGACACGGGUGUUGGUGACACACAGCAUCAGCUUCCUGCCCCAGGUGGACUUCAUCAUAGUGCUGGCUGAUGGGCAGGUGUCUGAGGUGGGCUCCUACCCAGCCCUGCUGCAGCACAGUGACUCCUUUGCCAACUUCCUCUGCAACUAUGGUCGCGAUGAGGACAAGGAGAGCCUGAAGGAGGACAACAGGACCGCCUUGGAGGACACAGAGGAUGAGGUGCUGCUGACUGAAGACACACUGAGCAAUCACACAGACCUGACGGAUAACGAGCCAGUCAUGUAUGAGGUCCACAAGCAGUUUAUGAGACAGCUCAGCGUCAUGUCCUCGGAAGGCGAGGGCCAGGGCCGGCCUGUGUCCCGGAGACACCUGGGCUCAGCAGAGAAGGUAGUGCAGGCGGCAGAGGCGAAGGCAAGGGGGGCGCUGAUCCAGGAGGAGAAGGCGGAGAUGGGCACUGUGAAGCUGAGUGUGUUCUGGGAUUAUGCCAAGGCCAUGGGGCUCUAUACCACAGUAGCCAUCUGUGUCCUAUACCCGAGUCAAACUGCGGCUGCCACUGGGGCCAACGUGUGGCUCAGUGCCUGGACCAAUGAGGCUAUGGUGGACAGCCGGCAGAAUAACACCUCCAUGAGGCUGGGUGUCUACGCUGCCUUGGGAAUUCUGCAAGGUUUCCUGGUGAUGCUGGCAGCCAUCACGCAGGCGGUGGGCAGUGUCCAUGCUGCACGCUUGCUUCACCAGGCGCUGCUGCACAACAAGAUGCACUCGCCACAGUCCUUCUUCGACACGACGCCCUCAGGCCGUAUCCUCAACCGCUUCUCCAAAGACGUCUACGUCAUCGAUGAGGUUCUGGCCCCCACUAUCCUCAUGCUGAUGAACUCCUUCUACAGCUCCCUCGCCACCCUCGUGGUCAUCGCGGCCAGCACGCCGCUCUUCACUGUGGUCGCCCUGCCCCUGGCGGUCUUCUAUGUCUUGAUGCAGCGCUUCUAUGUGGCGACAUCACGGCAACUGAAGAGGCUAGAAUCCAUCAGCCGCUCGCCCAUUUACUCCCACUUUUCGGAGAUGGUGACUGGCUCCAGCGUCAUUCGGGCCUACGGCCGCAGCCAGGACUUCAAGGCCAUCAGUGAUGCUAAGGUGGACACCAACCAGAGGAGCUGUUACGCCUACAUUGCCUCCAACAGGUGGCUGGGGGUCCAAGUGGAUUUCGUGGGCAACUGUGUUGUGUUCUUUGCUGCACUCUUUGCUGUGAUUGGCAGAAACAGCCUGAGUCCGGGGCUGGUGGGCCUUUCUGUGUCCUACGCCCUACAGAUAACAUUGACUCUGAAUUGGAUGGUCCGAAUGAUGUCAGACUUGGAGUCUAACAUUGUGGCCGUGGAGAGAGUCAAGGAGUACUCCAAGACAGAGACCGAGGCCCCUUGGGUGGUGGAGGGCAGCCGCCCUCCGGCGGGCUGGCCCCUGCAGGGCGAGGUGGAGUUCCGGAAUUACUCCGCGCGCUACCGUCCGGGCCUGGAGCUGGUGCUGAGGGACCUGAGUCUGCGCGUGCGCGGUGGCGAGAAGGUGGGGAUCGUGGGCCGCACGGGGGCCGGCAAAUCGUCCAUGACCCUCUGCCUGUUCCGCAUCCUGGAGGCGGCGGAGGGUGAAAUCCGCAUCGACGGCGUCAAUGUGGCAGACAUCGGCCUCCAUGACCUGCGUUCCCAGCUGACCAUCAUCCCGCAGGACCCCAUCCUGUUCUCUGCGUCCCUGCGUAUGAACCUGGACCCCUUUGGGCGUUACUCGGAGGAAGACAUAUGGCGGGCCUUGGAGCUAUCCCACCUGCACACCUUCGUGAGCUCACAGCCGGCAGGCCUGGACUUCCAGUGCUCUGAGGGAGGGGAGAAUCUCAGCGUGGGCCAGCGCCAGCUCGUGUGCCUGGCCCGAGCCCUGCUCCGCAAGAGCCGAAUCCUGGUUUUAGACGAGGCCACGGCAGCCAUCGACCUGGAGACUGACAACUUCAUCCAGGCCAUCAUCCGCACUGAGUUUGAGAGCUGCACGGUGCUGACCAUCGCCCACCGGCUCAACACCAUCAUGGACUACACCAGGGUCCUUGUCCUGGAUAAAGGGACGGUAGCUGAAUUUGAUUCUCCGGCCAACCUCAUUGCAGCCAGGGGCAUCUUCUACGGGAUGGCCAGAGACGCCGGACUUGCCUAGAAUAGAUUCCUGGGACUUCCUCCUGGCCCUUCCUGGUUUUCAUUGGGAAAGAAAAAGACACCAUGUUCGUCUGCAGGAUGGACUUGAUGGCAGAUGCCGGGGGCGUUUGUUGGGCCUUAUGCCCUGUCAGGUGCCUCCGGAAUAAUUGUGCUAAAUGCUUUAUAUGAGGAAGCAGGCCCGAGAGGUGACUGACGUGCCUGAGGUCACAGCUGGUUUAAGGCAGAGCCCAGACUGGUGCCCGGGUCUCCUGAUUCCCAACCUAGUGUUAUUUCCACACUGUGCUGUUUUCAAUCAUCUCAUGGAAUGACCUCUCUACUCUAGAUUUUUCAUAUUUUCUACUGUGAAGUAUUUUUUUUUAAAGUAAAGCUUUUUCCUCCUGAAACAGCUGACUGCCGGGUCAGGCCGUCCUCAGGAACGGAGUCCUGUACUCUGGGGUGCUGGCCUGAAUCCAUUAAAAACGGGGCACUGAUGAAAUAAAGCUACAUGGUCAACAAUAGGUAUGCCUCAAUGUAGCCUUUCUCUGCCUGUUCACAAGGUUUGGGGGUUAGGACCUUUGGGGGAGGCAAGGGGAGGGGUGGAGGUAGACUUUAUACAUAUCCACAUGGCUGGAAUUAUCUGAAAACUUCAGACUUGAGAGCUUUUGGCUAGAAAUGUCAUCUUCACAGCCAAAAUUCACUGGGGAGUUCCUGCUCUGCUGUGCAGAUACUGUAAAAAGGCGAGAAAUAAAGCCCCUGAAAUUUGACCCGACGCCUCCUGGGAAGGCUGCCGUGAACACCUUCACGUUUAUGUCAUCCCUCAGACCUCCAGGCCUGUUCCUCUAGGGGCUGAGACAGGCAUGGUGCUUCAUUUCCUUGCUCCUUUACAAUGUUCCAGACAGGUCCCCAUAACCAGCGAGGCCUCUGAGCCAUUCCUCUUCCUCCGUCUGGCCAAAGCUGAAAGUGGGAGCAAAGAGCAGCCCGGGGUCUGCACCCCCUCCCCCGCCAGUCCUGGGCUGGUAAACACAUCUUGAGGUGAUAAAUUAAAUUUGGUCCCAAGCAAA